CUGUACAACAUAUUAUGAUGGUUGCUUCACACUGUACUGUAUUAGCAAUAGUCGUCUUAUCGUGAAUUGGAGACAAUUGUGCCCCGAGUAGUGCCCCCAUGAGAGUCAUGAAUAUGAUUCAUCACUGAUGGUUGACACUUGUGUUUAGCACUAAUACUAUAUUUAUGAAUAUAGUAAUCGCAUUGGUGUUAGACGUGUACAGUAUUUGUUGGUCUCAUGUAUAUGUGAAUUGCAAUUCACGUAUUGAUUACAACUAGUGUUAUGUCAUUAUUGAAGUGCUAUUGAGAUGUCAUUAAGCGAUGAGAGUUUGGUUAUGAUUAACGGCACAAUCGUGUCGACCCGAGGGUUCAAUUGUCACAAGAGUUGUGUUUCCUUUUACAUCGAGAGCCACAAGACGUGGAGUUUUGUCACCGAAUUGAAUGAAUCCUCGUUUUACGGCAUGACUCACAAGUGUUGCGCGAAUGGCAACGAUGUGUCACUUUUCUCGACACCAUUUCAAAUACAAAUCAAAUUAAACGAAACCAAUGUUUUGGAGGAUUUGCGGCCAAUUCUGUACUUCAAAGUCCUGUCCUUUGACUACUGGAAUCGCUUAAUCUCUGAAAGCUAUGGCUUUGCGGAGCUCCCGGUGCGACCCGGAAGACACUCACUGGUGAUCAACACUUGGAAGCCAUACGCAGACAAUCGGUUGGACAAAAUGAGACAAUACUUCACCGGUUGCGCACCACUUGUCCAUCACCUUCACAAAGACUCCACUCAACCCAAUAAUAAAUGCACAAAUAAUUAUGGAUUAAACUCGGAAUCCAGUGGUUCUGUGGCCCUCGACAUCGACGUCCUCAUCCAGAAUCAAAGCCGUCAAAUUGUGGCCAAAACUAAGUAUCAAAUAAAGAGCUCGUCAUUGGAUUCAAUGAAACAAAACAUAUUGUCUGUUGUGUUGGCCUUCCAGAGGGCGAAGAAGCGCAUGGAUUACCUCCGGACACAACUCAACGACACGAAUCACUAUUGAUUGCAAUUCGUUAUAAUAAUUUGCUUUAGUUUUUAAAACUCAAGAUUCUUGAGUCAAGAAUAUUCUGUAUAAACAACACACUAAACAUACACAUUAAUACAC